ACGAGGUAAAUAUCUUCUUUAGCAGUACGGGAGAGUCAGUAUGUAUUUAGGCGGUAGAAGGAGAAGUGGUAUUCUCGCCUUUUCGGUAUGACGAGGCCCGAACCGAAGCUGCUUUACUCUUUCUCGGCUUGUAUACACCAGCAUCACUGUGCUGAGCUUCGACAUGGCGACCUACCCGUACAUCACCUCCUGCUUAAUACCUCGGCCUCGAGAGGACACAUGUUCUUCAGUUUGCAUGCCGGACAGAUGGGGAGUGUUGGGUCUGAUGAAAGCGAUUCCGAAUAACAACAACACUGCAUUGGCGUUGACUGGCCACAUCAAGCACAUCUGCAGCAACUGCAGCCGCGGUGGUGAUAACAUGACUGGGGGUGCAGAGCGCCUGGCUGCAAUGCGCUCAGAUUCGCUGGUCCCAGGCACUCACACGCCACCAAUUCGUAGGAGAAGUAAGCUAGCAAGCUUGGGGCGAUUCUUCAAGCCGUGGAAAUGGAGGAAAAAGAAGAGUGACAAGUUUAAGCAGACUUCCGCUGUGUUGGAGAGAAAGAUGUCCACAAGGCAGAGCAGAGAGGAGCUGAUCAAGAGAGGAGUUCUCAAGGAGGUCAAUGAAAAAGGAGAGGUGGAAGUAGAAAGUGAGCAUACAUGUAUGACAGAGCUGGACAGACUAACAGUUAUCAGUCCUAUAUCUGAAGCCCAGGAGACCAAUGAAGCUGAAACAGAAACUCAAACAUCACAACUGUCAGCAGAAACAGGGAUGUGUCCAGUAGGCCAAAUCACAAAGCCAGCUCCAGCCACUCCUCCUGGAAAAUGUGUUAAACUGCCAACAGACAGCAUGGAAGUACCCCAUACCAAACCAUUAGUGCUCAAGCAGCCACCUGCCUUACCUCCGAAACCUUACAGCAGAAUACCCAACCACUUAACAGACACAUUAGGAAAAUUCUCUCCACCUCUUCCACCUAAAAAAGUGAUGAUCUGUGAGCCGGUGCUUUCUUUCACACUCAAAUACCCCCAGCCUAUGAACAUGCACUCCCACACUCACUCCCUCACACACUCACACCCUAUGCAGCACGCCACACUCCCACUCUCCAUCCAUCCACCAAGCCGCAUUAUUGAGGAACUCAACAAGACUCUUGUGUUUACCAUGCAAAGACUAGAGAGUUCGGUGCUACAGGCGGUACCAUCAGUACAGCUGGAGAGUGAAGAGGAAAAGGAGAACAGAGACGCAAUACAUCAACUUCCACCGCACACAUUCAACACUCUCACACCCAGCACACGCCUGUACAUCACACCCACACACGAAGAGGAAGAGGAAGAGGAAGAUGAAGAAGAGGAUGAUGAGGAGGAUGAUGACUCUUUUUUUACAAGCAGUCUAGCUCUGAGGAUCCUGAGGAAGGACUCUCUUGCAAUAAAACUGAGUAACCGACCAUCCAAGAGAGAGCUAGAAGACAAGAACAUUCUACCCAUGAUGACUGACCAGGAGAGACUGGAAUGCAGACAGCAAAUUGGGACUAAACUUACACGGAGGCUCAGCCAAAGACCUACAGCAGAGGAACUGGAGCAAAGAAAUAUCCUAAAACCACGUAAUGAGCAGGAGGAGCUUGAGGAGAAGAGGGAGCUAAAGAAAAGAUUGUCACGGAAGCUAAGUCAGAGGCCUACGGUAGAGGAGCUAAGAGAGGCAAAGAUCCUAAUUCGGUUUAGUGAUUAUGUGGAGGUGGCUGAAGCUCAGGACUAUGACAGACGAGCAGACAAACCCUGGACCCGCCUUACUGCUGCAGACAAGGCUGCCAUUAGAAAAGAACUCAAUGAGUUCAAAAGCACGGAGAUGGAGGUGCAUGAGUCAAGUCGACAUCUAACCAGGUUUCACCGGCCAUAGUGCUGAUUGCAGAGCAGCAGCACAGGACAUUACCAAUGAGAAUUUCACCUCGGGGACAUACUAAAGUUUAACAAUGUUGGAUUCCAGAGACUAAGUUGCUGUUCUGAUCCGAGAUCAGGGAAAAAAAAACAGAUCUGCCUUUGAAAAGCUGGACCACCUGGAAUCCCCAAAUGACCUGAGUGACCUAAAGUCUACCAUAACUGGUAUUACUGACCAGUUAAAACUUUGAACUCUGUUUGUGUGUGUAUGUGUGUGUGUUCUGGCUAAAGACCUAAUUCAAACAUUGUUUUGUGCUCUGGCAGUACAUCAAUGUGGUUUCAUUAAACAAGUGAUGUGGGUGUAAAUUUGUGCACCCCACUCUGUAA